CGGCUCUCUUCAAAUGGCCUCAUCCACAAGCUCUAGCGCAGGAUCAGAGUCUCCCUCAGACAAGAGCACAUUUGAGCGAUGGCGAAGAGCGUUCUCCGCUAUCACAGGACUAGGAAUGUCUCCUGAGGAACGAUCUCUCGAACUGGAGGCCCACCAUGCCCGGACUUGUGAGAAGUGGAAAGCUCACUUACUGAAAUACAGUCCUUCUGUCGUCUUUAUGCUGAAGCACCUCGAGCUCUCCGGCUGCCCCGUGUCGGCGUCACACAUCCACUGCGUUCCUUGCGACUACUCUCGUUCUGGAGGAUUCUCCCCCGACGGCGCGAUCAUUCUCUGUCAAGGGCGGUUCAUAGACCGUAAACAUAUGGAGAAUACCCUCACCCAUGAACUCGUUCAUAUGUAUGAUCAUUGCAAGUUCAAGGUCGACUGGUUAAAUUUGCGGCAUCAUGCAUGCAGCGAGAUCCGAGCCAACAGCCUCGGUGGCGAUUGUAGGUGGACACGUGAAGUGAACCGAGGAAUCUUCUCCUUCUCAAAGCAACACCAGGCAUGCGUACGCCGACGGGCAGUGCUAUCUGUCAAGUCGAACCCAGCGUGUCCGGACGAAGCUACUGCGGAGCGCGCCGUCAACGAGGUUUGGGAAAGCUGCUUCAACGAUACACGACCGUUCGACGAGAUAUAUUAACCGAGCAUUCUCCAAUAUGACCAUCACCCCGCGAGCGAUCACGUCUUUUCGGACACGGACAAUCAUGCGUGUCCCGAACAGCCUGACCACCGAGGAUUUCUGAGGAUUUCUUUCGCUCUUGGACUUUGGACAUAGCCCCGUCAUGUAUGACAUCUUUAUCUGGUUGUCGCCAUGCGCGUCGUCCCUGGGCCGACGCCGUAACACGUUCUUGUGCGCCGGAAGGUCAGAGCGGGAAUAGAACCGUGCGAGAGCAGGACUAGAAUCCGAG